AUGUUUAGAAACUGCCUAUUUUCUCAAUUUAAUGUUCCUAACUCUAUCACAAAAUUGAGCACUUAUUGCUUUGCUGGCUGUAAAAGUCUUCAAUCGAUCAAUAUUGGACCUGAAUCUCAAUUAGUCAGCAUUGAAUCAUGCGCUUUUCGAGAUACAUGUCUCGAACGCAUUUAUCUUCCGAGUAAUCUAUCUUAUAUUAAAGAAGAUGCUUUUUAUAAUGUUUUGGUUUUUCACGAAAUUGUUUGUUCAUCAGAAAACAACAAUUAUCACUCGGAAAGUGGUGUUUUGUAUAAUAAAGCUAAGACACUUAUCAUUUUGUGCUUUGAUAAGAACAUAACAUCUUUCAUUAUGCCAGAUACAGUAAAUUCGUUAACACAAAGUUGUUUUUCUAACACAAUGAUUGAGAAUAUCACAUUCAGUCCCAAUCUGAAAACUAUCCCAUCCUUAUCGUUUUCAGGAUCUCAUUUAAUCAAUGUCACGAUUCCAGAUUCUGUCACAAGUCUUGGUGAUUCAGUAUUUUCCAACUGCAGAUAUCUUUACAAUGUUUGUGUUGGUAACGGUAUCACGAUUAUUCCUACAAAAUGUUUUCUUUCUUCUAACAUCACGAACAUCACAUUGAAUGAACGUAUCACAACAAUCAGAGGUUCAGCAUUUUCAGAAUGUCCAAACUUGAAAUACAUGAAACUUCCCCAAACACUUAUCAACAUUGAAGGCAAUUGUUUCCCUGUUGAUGCUGUCCUUGAUUUUGCAGAUGGUGCUCCAUUUUCAUUUGAUGACCAACGAUUGCUUUACAACGGUGAUAAAACUAUUGUUUACAUGCGAUUCAGCCAAAAUGAACAUUAUAACAUUCCAUCUACAGUUUCUAUUAUUUCUAAUGAUAUCUUCAAUGGGCAAACAAAUUUGAAAACAAUUCAUUUUGAAGCAGAUUCAUCAUUGACUAAAAUUGGAGACAACGCUUUUCGUGAGUGUAUUAAUCUUGCAGAAAUCAACUUCCCAAGCAAACUUACCACUAUCGGAAGUAGUUCAUUCUAUCAUUGCAAUUCACUAAAGAUUAUCCAUUUUCCUGAUUCAUUGAUUACAAUCUAUGGAUGGGGAUUUUCAGCAUGUUUGGGGUUAACCGAGAUUUAUUUUGGAAAAAGCAUCAAAACAAUUGUAACGGCCGCAUUUGGAAGUUGCACAUCAUUAGAAAAAGUAGUUUUCGAAGGAUCUGAAGAAGGUACAACUCUUGGAUAUAUUUCAUUUCUAAAUUGUUUCAAAUUGAAGACAGUUAUAUUAAGGAAUAUUACUAAAAUUGAUAGUCAAUGUUUCACUAAUAGUAUAUCGUUAUUAUCUAUAGAAAUUCCAGAAACUAUUCAAGAAAUCGGUUCUCAAGCAUUUCAAUCAUCAGCGAUUGAAAACAUUACAUUUUUAGGCAAUCCUAAUAUUACAAAAAUUGAAAGAAGCGCAUUCAAUAAUGCGAAGAAUCUUAGAACUGUUGUUCUUCCUUCAUCCAUCAUAGAGAUCAAAGAAAACGCAUUUGAAUCCACAAACAUCACGACAUUCACAGUUCCACAUGAUACACAGUCAAUCUCCGAAUAUGCAUUCCGAAACUGCAAGAACCUUGAAACGUUCAUCAUAAGUGAUAACAGUUCAUUCUGUUCACUUGGCUACUAUGCGUUCGAAGGCUGCACAUCACUCAGCAUAUUUAUUUGCAACGAAAGUGAUCAUUUCACAGUUGACAACCAUGCUCUUUUCGACAAGAAAAAGACCAUGUUUAUCUGUUUUCCUCCUGCAUCUCCAUGCAAAUUCUUUUAUGUUCCAACAACAAUACAUGAGAUCUCUGCCGGUGCAUUUCUUGGUUGCAAGAAUAUUAUCAACAUUCUUAUUCCAGACAAUUCAGUCCAACGCAUCCGCCGCUAUGCUUUCUCUGAUUGUGUUUCUCUUACACACAUAAAUAUCCCUUUCUGUGUCGAAACUAUCGAAGAGUUCGCUUUUGUCAAUUGCAAGAGCCUUUCUUGCGGUGUUGACAUAGAGAAUAAGACAGAAUCUUUUCUUGAAUAUCUCUAUAAAACAUGUCGCCUUAAUAUAGAUUCCAUCUCCGAGUGUGACAUUAUCACAUGCCAGAAGGUCAAUCACUAUAGAUAUUUCUCUUCUAUCUUUGUAUUUUCACUUAGUGACGGUACAGAACUUGGUCUUUUUUGA